CGCAGUUUGCGGGUUUCUAACAACUUGGAAUUUUGAAAAAAGAUGAAUGUGAUUUUAUUUUUCUAGUGUUUCUACAAAAGUGACUUGUUAAAAUGAGUUUUGAGAAAAAUUAUAUGGUGAGAUUUGCUACGACAAAAAAUGCUGGGAAAACACAAAUAUUCUGGGAGCAAGAAAACCAAAAGAAACAAAAGAAGAAGGUAAAUUAUAAAACGCGAGACCAGCCCCACCCGUUGAGGUCGCGAGUGCAGCAGGAGACGGUGAUUGAACCAGAACCGGCGCCGGUUCAUAAAGCGGCACCAGCACCGAAGCUGCCAAAACGGCCACAAGUUGUCCAACAACGCAAACCGCCUGGCUACACCACUAAGACACGUGAUGAAAAAACUGGGAAGGACACAUCGUCUAAGGCAGCAGGUGCUGUGACCUUGACCCAGGAAGAGUUGGCGGCGAUUCUGACAUCCCUCGGAAAGGUCUCUAAGGACCACCCUCUUCGGAUCAGCAUUGAAGACAAGUUGAACGGAAAAGACAAAGAAACUAACCGAAUUACGGUUGAAGAAGAAGAGAAAGCCAAACUGGAAAAGAAGAAGAAGAAAAAACAGAAAGAAAAAGAAGAAGAAGAUGGAAGUGAAGUGGAAAACAAACCGAAGAAGAAGAAGAAGGGAAAGAAGAAGUCAGAGGAACCGGAGAGUAUCUACAAUCUGAUUGGUGCUGCUGCUGACGAUGAUGAUGAUGAUGAUGAUGGUGAGGGAGACGAUGUCGAUGUUGAUAGUGCAGUAGAAGUGAUGGGUGCUGAUGAUGGUGACGAUGAAGUCGAUGAAGAAGAAGAUGAAGAAAAAGUGCAGAAGGUGAAGAAGAAGAAGAAAAAGCUUGUAGAAGCUGAUUCUGGUGAUGAAGAGGAAGAAGUAGAAGCUAAGGAAACAAAACAGAGGAAAAAGAAGAAAACAAAGAAAGCAGACGACACUGAAGAGGAAGACGAAGAACAAGAAAAGGAAACCAAGAAGAAGAAAAAAGAAAAGAAGAAGAAAUCAAAUGAAGAAACUGACCUGAAGCUUGAGGAAUUGGAUGCAUCGACGCCAAGAAGUCAGUCAAAACCCGAGGAGCAGAAAAGUCUGCAGUUCUUGUCGAUAUCGGAAAAGAAACGUCUUCAGUGGGAGAAGGAGAGAGCCGAGCUGAAGGCUGACUUCAAUCCGUGGGGUAGACCAGGGGCCGGAGCUCCCAUCAAGGACUCCACCGGGGAGCUGUUGGCCGACUACAACCAGAGGAAGGGGGACGAAACUGAACGAGGGAGUCGCCAAAAGAAGCAACAAGUCGUAGAAGAGCAGAUGAGCCAGGCCAGUCCACGAGGCAAGAGGACAAACAGAUCCUCCCCGCAGAACACAACACUCACAACGUCACCGUACGUCGACCAAUCCAAGGUGCCGGCAGCAAUGAGGAGCUCAUUUGCCAUCGGGGCUACGGUAGCUGAUGGUGAAAAGUUUAUGACCACAAAGGAAAUGGAAAAGAAGCAGUGGCUGGAGGACUUAGAGCGACAGAUCGAGGAGAAGAAGAUGCAGAAGGCCGGUGGGAAGGGCAAACCGGCAGACGCCGAGGAUACAUGGGCAGACAAGAUGAGCAAUUAUAAAUCUGCGGCGCUGCCGGAACAGGGCGACAGCGCCGUGCGGGCGAGCACUGCGCCCAAAGAGACCGUGGAGGAGAGCGAUGUAGCCUUCCCGGCGCAAUUAUCAACAUUCAUUCGUGGCCAGAACACGUUAAUCGACCCGGCCACCAUGCAGGAGCUCGCCGAUAAACGCCGGCGCCAUCUUGAGCACCAGCAAGCGAUCCAGGACCAGGUGGAGGAGCGUCAGCGGUUGAAACGCGAGGAGCGUGAACGCAAGAUUCGGGAAGAGCAGGAGGAGGAGCGCAAACUGCAGGCACAGCGCGACAAUUUACAACGUCAGUUCGAGAUGGAACAGUUAAAACAGAAGAAAAAAGAGUAUGAUACGGACGUGCGCAUCCAGAAGCUCAAGGAGGCCAUGGACCAGGCUCAGCAGGAGGCCAUGCAGGAGAAGCAUCUCAAGAGGAUCCAGCAUCUAAAGGACCACGGCCACGACAUCUCACAACUCCAUAAAAGUUUCGAAGCCAAAUACACCCCACGAGCACCAACGACGAUACCUGAUUCCACGAUCGUCCCCGGUCUGGACAUCACCCCAAGGCAGACCGAACUUCCCCAGGAAACCGACCUGACGAAGUUCCGGCAUAAUUCAGAGCCAGAGAUAUUCUCACACAGGAAAGAGUCUGGAGUGCAAACAGAUUUCAAUGGUGCUGCUGAUGUUGUAGAAAGAACGGCAGACACAACAAAAAACCGAGAUAACAGUGCAGGUAUUCAGUACAAGGGGCCGGUCAAUGAACGACCCGCAGUAAAUCGUGGAAACAAGGGUCGCGAGAAGAAGGUCCGGUUACGGAGCGCGAACUCGGCACCGGCAUCAAAGGAUAAGAUGGCGCCACCUGUUUCACAGGUACCCCCGAGGCCGCGUAAACCUGCACAGAAGCCAAGAUGGAAUCAACCAAAGGAGCAAAAGGCAAGACCCAUGAAACAAUCUGAGAAGGAUCCCACGUAUCAGCGCCGGAGACAGCAGUCGGAACAACGCCGAUUGAAACGAGAGCAGCAGUUGAUAGCGAUGCAAGAAGCUAAUAUGAAUCGUAUACCAGCGUCGGAACGAGGACGAUCAAGGUCGCCCUCUGCUGGUAGAUAUGGUGAAUAUGAACGACAGUGGCGGGAACUGUCACCGGAACCAGAACUAAAAACUGCGGACAUAACACCGCGGGGUCAUCGGCGGUCGAGAUUAGACGGUCAUCAUUCGCGUGUCAAGUCACGCAGUCCUGAGAAUCCACCUUCUAUCCUCCGUACGAGAGUUUCCCGCUCCCCGCCCACACAUCGGGAACGGGCCGUGGAGUCGUCCCCUGCGUCUCUUCACAUCAGUAGCGUGCGGGCACGGUCGAAAUCUCCACCAGUCCCCGCCGUGCGUAAUCGUUUACACAGCAGACAAGGUGCUGACGAGAAUUCUCCCAAACAUUUCGAUACGCUCGGUGACCACAGGGGGCACUAUAGUGAUCUGCGGCCCUCUCACGCACCUGUUGACAAUGGCGAUUUCGUGCCGUUUUUACGCAGCAGUGCUUUUUUGGAUCCGGCCGAUUCUCAGAUGCCGCUGCCAGUAUCUCGUGAGAUGACCCGCGUGGAACAGGGUCGCAAGGCAUAUGCUCAGGGAUUAAAGCCGGGCGAUUACGGGUCCAGAAUGGAACACAUCCAAGAUACUGGUCUGGAGAAACUUCUCCCUGGCAAAAAGACAUUAAAGGACCCUAUAAUGAAUCCAGGUUUAGUCAAAGAUCACCCGACCACUCGACAAGACAUCAUUCUACAACAGCUAUCAGAUAUAAGAAAGAACUUACUACAGAGGCAGCGCGAGAUUGAAACCUUUAACCCACAUGAGGUGGUCGCUUCGUCCAAUGUCCGCUCGGGAAUGGAAUGAGUCUAAUGAUCAGAAAAUGACAUUUCCUUUCAACUAAGCUCGGAGGUGUUUCUGAUAGGAAGGAGAGAGAUAUUGAUUUCCUUUUGCCGAAGUUGAGACUUUGUAGUAUACUGUGCUUUCCACACAAUAUUGUGAGGGCAUUUCAACAUUCGUGGAGAUCUUGCAUCGAAUUGAAAUCGACAUCUCUUAUUUUAGCCAAUAGGGGGAUGCUUCUUGGCAUGUUCACAGGAGAGUUGAAGGCCAUUAAUAGAAUAUAUAUGGAGAGACUAUGAGUAACCUCAACCCUCUGCCGAAAGGAAAAAGUAUUGCAUAUCUAACAAUGAUGUGUCCAUCGUGUUUGGGGACACUUGGCAAAAAGGAAGACAUUUACACCCGGUUACAAAUUCUUGGGACUGGAACUUUCGUUUCUUUACAUCAAACUUUUGUUAUAAAGUACUGCGACCUGGGUAAAUCCAACUUGCCACAGAUAUUUUUCCGGGUGAGUUUUCAUAAACUCCGGAUUUCGUUUCAACCGGGUUCGAUGGAUCAUAUUGCUUGGCACUGGGCUAAAAGGACAACAGUUAUACUGCACUUGUGAAGUAUUCUCACUCGAAGAGGAAACCUUCUCGUCUCCAGAAUAAACUUUUAUAGGAUUUGAAUAAUGUUGUGACAACUUUUAAAUAAGAGAAGUUUUGAGACAUGAUUCACUCCUUGACUGCCAUGGGCGUUUAUCUACGUUUUAAAAACUCAACUGUUGACCUCAAAGGACGUAGAUCUACGUUCAACUUUAGUUCAUCAAAACGUCAUCAGAUGGCUCCCCAAUAGGUCUGCUCCAUCUUGACUGGAGAACAAAGAUGGGGUGGCUCUGGCAUAAGCAGUCUACCAUUUAGAAAUAAUAUGCCAUCUCUUGGUCAAUUUUGGAACUAAAGUCUAUCAGCUGGGAAAUUUUAUUUCAAAGUGAAUGUUCAGGAAGGUAAAAAAGAUGAGUAGUGAUGGUGUCAUUAGGCUAUGUUUUCUAUUCUCUGCAGCGUGUUAUCCUGGCCCUUUGGG